GUACCCCCUCACAAAGUCCAAUGCUCCCUUUCAAUGGAGAGAAGAGCAACAGCGGGCGUUUGACAACAUAAAAAAGGCCCUAUUGUCAGCCCCAGCCCUGAGCCUCCCUGAUAUGACCAAGCCCUUCACAUUAUACGUGGAUGAGAACAAGGGAGUGGCGAAGGGAGUGCUAACACAAAUGCUUGGACCCUGGAAAAAGCCGGUGGCAUACUUUUCAAAAAAACUAGACAAUGUAGCGGCCGGCUGGCCUCCGUGCCUCCGCAUGAUAGCGGCCGUGGCAGUUCUGGUAAAAGACUCGGACAAAUUGACUCUAGGCCAACCUCUCACCGUAGUGGCACCUCAUGCUGUGGAGACAGUUAUCCGACAGCCACCAGAUCGGUGGCUCUCAAAUGCUCGGAUAACUCAUUACCAGACUAUGUUAUUAAACUCAGAGCGGGUCCGGAUUGGGACUGCCACCUCUUUAAACCCGGCCACCCUGCUCCCGGAACUGGGGCCCCAGGCCCAGGUAAUCCAUAACUGUCACCAAAUCCUGGCUGAGGCCCACGGCACCCGAAAAGACCUAACCGACCAGCCUCUGCCGGAUGCCGAAAUGACCUGGUUCACGGAUGGGAGCAGCUUUCUACAGAACGUUUUUGUAGACACCUUCUCCGGAUGGACUGAGGCAUUCCCCACAAAACGGGAAACCGCCCAGGUGGUCGUCAAGAAGAUCAUAGAGGAGAUCUUCCCCCGGUUCGGCUUGCCUAAGGUAAUCGGGUCCGACAAUGGCCCAGCGUUUGUCUCCCAGGUAAGUCAGUUGGUGGCCAAAGCAUUAGGCAUAAAUUAAAAAUUACACUGUGCCUAUAGACCCCAAAGUUCAGGACAGGUAAAAAAAAAAAAAUAAACAGAACAAUUAAAGAGACCUUGACCAAAUUAGCGUUGGAGACUGGCGUUAAAGACUGGGUCCAACUCCUCCCUAUGGUGUUGUUCCGGGUCCGAAACACGCCCUCUCAUUGCGGGCUGACACCAUACGAAAUCCUUUAUGGAGGGCCCCCACCAGUAGCAGGCUUGCUUGACCUUGCCAGUGACUCCGUUGCCGAUGCCCCUAAGUUACAGG